AAACCUCAAAAGCCCUUUUUUGGCGGAGCUUUUAGGGAAAGUAUCUCGAAAAUGGCCAUGGGCCGUCUUCUAUCGCCGAAAUUAACUCCGCAUUUCAGCACCAGAGGUUUUGUACCUCUAACGAGGAAGUGGCUUUCUUCUUCCCUGGAGGAUGGUCGGAAAUUUGAGAGAUUGCCGGAUUCUAAGGCUUCCGUUAACAAAGACAUUGGCCAAAAGGGAAUGCAUUGGUACUCUUUGGGAGGCUUACUGACUAAUCUAAAGCAAAAGAUUACUGGAAACAUGCUCUUGCUCAGCAAAACUUCAAGUGAAGAAUCGGUUUCGCCGAAAACCCCCAUGGUUCCUUCAGAAGAUGAGCCUGCUACUAAGGUGGUUAGCUUGCAGGAUGUUGCAGAGAACAAAAACUGUAUACCUCCGAAUGUAAAGGAAGAGUCUGUAAUCUCUGAAAUGGUAUUUCAAGAUGCAUCUCAAAGAGUUGCAGCUGGGAAGAGAGAAAGCGCAUCUGUAAAUAAAGAGAGGUUAGAUAGUAAUAAUAGCUUAGACGACUUAGAGUUGAGAUUGAUACAAGCUGAAAGAGUGAAUCUCCCUGAGGAACCGAUUUCUAAAGAUGCUUCUCUAGGUUUCUUGAGUGAAGAAGCAUCGGAAAGUCUGGCAUCAUCUGAAGAAAAUAUAGGGAAGUUGCAGCCUGAGAAAGGGCAAUCCGGUCAAAAGGAAUCACAUCAGAAUAAACUCUCGAGCAUGUUUAUGAACCGGGAUCCAGAUAAGGAGGUUGAGCUUCGUCUGAGAUUUGAGGCAUUGAGUAACAGUAGUUCCGGUAUGUCUACAAAAGAAUCAUGUAGUGAUGUGGGUGAUCAACACGGCCUAUUUGGUAAGAUGCCGUCUGAUCCUAUCCAGAAAAUGAAAAAUAUCUCUAAGGAAAAGGAUACACACUGGUUUUCAGAGGCUCUCCAAAACCCUGAGUCUUUGUCAUCCUUUCCAUGUCAUGAUCGGAAGAGUGGAGACCUGCCUGCUACUAGUGAAACGAAAUCUACAUUGCCGUUUAGAAGUCCUAGAGGAACCGUUGUACCUGUGGCAGUGAGUAAAGACUUGAGCAUAAAGAUGGUGAUGGAGUGCCUGAAAGUUCCAACUGAUAAUGGCAGGGACGCAGAUGCCAACUCGUUGAAUCCUAAUGAUGGAGAAGGAAAGUGCGUAUUGAGAGGUAAUUCUGUAACGGAAAAGAGUGAUCGUCUUUUUGCUGCAGAGGAAGAAGAAUCUUUGUGCACUCAGGCAACCUUGGCUGCUACCACUCCGAAUCCAGAGUUAACAAAUAAGAGUUUGGACGCAUUAUCUGUUGGAGAGCACUCUCCUAACAAAGUAUGCCUAAGGUUUUUACCAAGAUUUGACAAGGAAGAGAUUGUUAAACGAUUUUCUGAGUUUGGAGCCGUUUUGGAUUUUCAAGAAAUCCCCUCUUUUGAUGGAUGCUAUUACAAAGAUGCUGUCUUGACUUUUGAGACUCACUCGGCAGUCAAGAAGGCUCUCAAGAAAGCAGUUGUGAUGGUGAAGAAUUACAGUGUAAUAGUUGAGGCAACUUCUCAAGAAGACAAUGUAGAAAAGAUAUGCAUUCCGGAUCUUAUUGGCGAUCCAGAUGUGCCUAUUGCAUUGUUGAAGGAACCAACACGAACAGUUAAGAUUCAUCCGCUGGCUCACGGAAUAAGUUCAAAUCAGAUCAAAGAAGCGCUAAGGUUCUGUAGGAGCGACAUAUCUAAGUUUAUCUUGGGUUCAUCGAAAACAGCUGCUUUCGUGGAGUUUGAGACGGAAGAUGGGAAAGAGAGAGCACUUGCAGAGCAUUCAAUCAGCAUAUUCAACAAACAAUUGUUUAUCUCAAGGAUUGAUAUACCGAGGACAACCGUUGCAAGGAUUUCACACUUUUCAAAACCAUGUAUGAGUGACAUACGGAAACUGUGUGCACCUUAUGGAAAGAUCAAACAGUUGCUUUUCAGGGGAGAUGGUAUUGCAGAUGUGCAUUUCGAUGUCUCUGAGUGGCCAAACAUGCACACUAUUCUCAACAGUAUGAAUGGUAUGGAGAUCGAUGGUAUGAAGUGGGUGGUUCGACCAGCAACAACAGUUAUACCCCAUGAGAUUCUCAAGGUUUUGUGGGAAGACCCUCAAGGAAAGAGAUAUGUGAAAGGUUUGAUUCAGAAUCUUGUGAGAGAGAUUGAACAGCCUUUAGAUGCAGCUCCUAUAGCAGCUAUGCAUACACUAUUAUAGUUCCAUUGUGCUCAACUUUUGAAGAUUACAGGCAGGGCUGGCUAGAGCCUUUUGUUUUGUGACUGGUU